GAUGCUGCCCUGGCGCCGGAGCAAGUUCGUGCUGGUGGAAAAUGAACGUAAGUGCAAAGGCAAGAGCCUGGGGCCAGGGCUGAGCUACGCCGCGUUGCUGGCCGGCUUCCUGCGCUCCUGCCCGGACCUCCUGCCCGACUGCCCGCUCGAACGGCUGGGCAGCGUCUUCCGCGGCAAACGCCAGAAAGUGGAGCUGAAUAAGGAGGACCCGACGUACACGGUGCGGUACCUGGGCAACGCCGUCACCCUGCACGCCAAGGGCGAGGGCUGCACGGAGGAGGCGGUGGGCAAGAUCUGGGCUAAGAGCGACGCGGGGGCCGGCGGGGCCAAGAUGAAGCUGACGUUGGGACCCCAAGGCAUCCGUAUGACCCCCUGCGAGAAGGGAGCCCGCCGGCCGGGCCACGCGUACCUCCUGCACCGCAUCACUUACUGCGCCGCCGACCGCCGGCACCCCAAAGUCUUUGCCUGGGUUUACCGGCACCAGGUGAAGAACAAGGCGGUGGUGCUGCGCUGCCACGCCGUCCUGGUGUCCAAAGCCGACAAGGCUCGCGCCAUGGCCCUGCUCCUCUACCAGACCUCUGCCUCCGCCUUCAACGAGUUCAAGCGCCUCAAAAGGCAGAAUGAUUUCCGCCACGUCCAGCAGCAGCUCCUGGGGGACACCAUCGUCCCCUUGGUGCCCCUCCGCCGGCUGCUCAACACCAAGUGUCCCUACCGCCCACCCACCGAGAGGGCCCGCUGUGCCCCCCGACUCAGCUCCAUCCUGGAGGAGGAGGAGGAGGAGGCCUUCGGCACCGGGGCACCCCGAGGGGACGGCGGCCCCGGUGAGCGAGCCGCCGUGCUGCGGCUGGCCAGGGAGAUGCGGGGAUGCAGCCUGCGUGGCCCCCGGCCCCCGGUGUGCUGA